AUGUCUGACUCAGUAAUUCUUUGCAGUGUGAAGAAAUUUGGAGAGGACAAUUAUGGUUUCGAGUCAGAAAGCUUCCAUAACAAUGAUAAGAAUUCAAGGUUACAAGAUGAGAGGAAAGGUGACAGCAGUCAAGUUGGCUUCUUUCAAUUGUUUCGAUUCUCUUCAACGACUGACAUUUGGCUGAUGUUUGUGGGAAGUUUAUGUGCAUUUCUCCAUGGACUAUCCCAUCCAGGCGUGCUCCUCAUUUUUGGCACAAUGACAGAUGUUUUUAUUGAAUAUGACACUGAAUUACAAGAACUCAAGAUCCCUGGAAAAGCAUGUGUAAACAACACUAUAGUAUGGAUCAACAGCUCCCUUAACCAGAAUGUGACAAAUGGAACUCGGUGUGGGUUGCUGGACAUUGAAAGUGAAAUGAUCAGAUUUGCCGGUUACUAUGCUGGGAUCGCUUUGGUAGUACUUAUCACAGGAUAUAUUCAAAUAUGCUUUUGGGUGAUUGCUGCAGCUCGUCAGAUACAGAAAAUGAGAAAAGUUUCCUUUAGGAAAGUAAUGCGAAUGGAAAUAGGAUGGUUUGACUGCAAUUCCGUGGGAGAGCUGAAUACAAGAUUUUCUGAGGAUAUUAACAAAGUCAAUGAUGCCAUUGCCGACCAAAUGGCCAUUUUCAUUCAGCGCAUGACCACGAGCAUCUGUGGGUUCCUGCUGGGAUUUUACCAGGGUUGGAAACUGACCCUGGUCAUUAUCUCUGUGAGCCCUCUCAUUGGGAUUGGAGCAGCCAUCAUUGGUCUGAGUGUGUCCAAGUUUACUGACUAUGAAUUGAAGGCCUACGCCAGAGCAGGGUCAGUGGCUGAUGAAGUCAUUUCAUCUAUGCGAACGGUGGCUGCUUUUGGUGGUGAAAAAAAAGAGGUUGAAAGGUACGAGAAAAAUCUUGUGUUUGCCCAGCGUUGGGGAAUUAGAAAAGGGAUUGUGUUGGGAUUCUUUACUGGAUUCAUGUGGUGUCUCAUCUUCCUCUGUUAUGCACUGGCCUUCUGGUACGGCUCCAAACUUGUCCUAGAGGAUGGAGAAUAUACGCCAGGAACCCUCGUCCAGAUUUUCCUCAGUAUUCUAUUAGGAGCUUUAAAUCUUGGCAAUGCAUCUUCUUGUCUGGAAGCCUUUGCAACUGGGCGUGCAGCGGCCACCAGCAUUUUUCAGACAAUAGACCAGAAAUCCAACAUUGACUGCAUGUCAGAGGAGGGUUACAAGUUGGAUCGAAUUAAGGGUGAAAUUGAAUUUCAUAAUGUGACCUUCCACUAUCCUUCCAGACCAGAGGUGAAGAUUUUAAAUAACCUCAGCAUGGUUGUUAAAUCAGGGGAAAUGACAGCUGUGGUAGGAUCCAGUGGAUCCGGGAAAAGCACAGCCCUGCAGCUUAUUCAGCGUUUCUAUGACCCCAGUGAAGGCAUGGUGACUUUAGAUGGCCAUGACCUUCGCUCUCUUAACAUUCAGUGGCUUAGAGCUCAGAUUGGGAUGGUGGAGCAAGAGCCCGUUCUGUUCUCUACCACCAUUGCAGAGAACAUUCGUUAUGGCAGAGAGGACGCAACGAUGGAAGAUAUAGUUCAAGCUGCCAAGGCAGCCAAUGCCUACAGUUUCAUCAUGGACCUGCCACAGCAAUUUGACACUCUUGUUGGAGAAGGAGGAGGCCAGAUGAGUGGUGGCCAGAAACAAAGAGUAGCCAUUGCCAGAGCCCUUGUCCGAAAUCCCAAGAUCCUGCUUUUGGACAUGGCCACCUCGGCACUGGACAAUGAGAGUGAAGCCACGGUACAAGAGGCACUGAGUAAGAUCCAGCAGGGACAUACGGUCAUUUCGGUUGCUCAUCGCCUGUCCACAGUCAGAGCUGCAGAUGUCAUUAUUGGUUUUGAACAUGGUACAGCAGUGGAAAGAGGCACCCAUGAGGAACUGUUGGAACGGAAAGGAGUCUACUUCACUCUAGUGACUUUGCAGAGUCAAGGCAAUCAGGCUGCUAACAUAGAAGGCAUAAAGGGAGAAGAUAAAACUGACCGGGCCUCACUUGACAGCAAACAGACCUUUUGCAGAGGGAGCUACCAGGCUAGUUUAAGAGCUUCAAUCCGAGAACGCUCCAAGUCUCAGCUUUCUUACUUGGUACAUGAACCUCCAUUAGCUGUUGUAGAUCAUAAGUCUACUUAUGAAGAAGACAGAAAGGACAAGGACAGUCCUGCGGAAGAAGAAAUUGAACCUGCCCCGGUUAGGAGGAUUUUGAAAUUCAAUGCUCCCGAGUGGCCCUACAUGCUGGUAGGGGCGGUGGGUGCUGCUGUCAAUGGGUCGGUCACACCGCUCUAUGCCUUUUUAUUCAGCCAGAUUCUUGGGACUUUUUCACUUCCUGAUAAAGAAGAACAAAGGUCACAGAUCAAUGGUGUGUGCCUGCUCUUUGUAGUAGUGGGCUGUGUAUCCUUUUGCACUCAGUUUCUGCAGGGAUAUGCUUUUGCUAAAUCUGGAGAACUCCUUACAAAAAGACUACGUAAAUAUGGUUUCAGAGCAAUGUUAGGGCAAGACAUUGGCUGGUUUGAUGACCUCAGAAAUAGUCCUGGGGCACUAACAACAAGGCUUGCUACAGAUGCCUCCCAAGUUCAAGGGGCAGCCGGCUCUCAAAUCGGAAUGAUGGUCAGUUCCUUCACUAACAUCACUGUGGCCAUGAUCAUUGCCUUCUUCUUUAGCUGGAAGCUAAGCCUGGUCAUAAUGUGCUUCUUUCCCUUCUUGGCUUUAUCGGGAGCCAUACAGACCAGAAUGUUGACAGGAUUUGCCUCUCAAGACAAGGAGGCUCUGGAGAUCGCCGGCCAGAUUACGAAUGAAGCUCUCAGUAAUAUCCGCACUGUUGCUGGGAUUGGAAAGGAGAGGCAGUUUAUUGAAGCAUUUGAGGUUGAGCUGGAGAAGCCAUUCAAGACCGCCUUUCGAAAAGCGAAUGUUUAUGGAUUAUGCUUUGGUUUUUCCCAGUGCAUAGUGUUUGUUGCUAAUUCUGCUUCCUACAGAUACGGAGGUUACUUAAUCCCCAACGAAGGGCUCCAUUUCACCUAUGUGUUCAGGGUGAUCUCUUCAGUUGUACUGAGUGCAACAGCUCUUGGAAGAGCCUCCUCUUACACCCCUAGUUAUGCCAAAGCCAAGAUAUCAGCUGCACGCUUUUUUCAACUGCUGGACCGACACCCCCCAGUCAAGGUGUACAGUAGUGCAGGUGAAAAGUGGGACAACUUCCAGGGCCAGAUUGAUUUUGUUGACUGUAAAUUUACAUACCCUUCUCGACCUGAUAUACAAGUUCUGAACGGUCUCUCAGUAUCGGUUCGUCCAGGUCAAACGCUGGCCUUUGUUGGAAGCAGUGGAUGUGGCAAGAGCACGAGUAUUCAGCUGCUGGAGCGUUUCUAUGAUCCUGACCAAGGGAAGGUGAUGAUAGACGGACAUGACAGCAAAAAAGUCAAUGUCCAGUUUCUCCGCUCGAACAUCGGGAUUGUUUCCCAGGAGCCAGUGUUGUUUGCCUGUAGCAUCAUGGACAAUAUCAAGUAUGGAGACAACACCAAAGAAAUCCCCAAGGAAAAAGUCAUAGAGGCCGCAAAGCGGGCACAGCUGCAUGACUUCAUCAUGUCCCUCCCAGAGAAAUAUGAAACUAAUGUUGGGGCCCAAGGGUCUCAGCUAUCUCGAGGAGAGAAACAACGUAUUGCUAUUGCUCGGGCCAUUGUACGAGACCCUAAAAUCCUGCUGCUAGAUGAAGCCACUUCUGCCUUAGACACAGAGAGUGAAAAGAUGGUGCAGGCCGCCCUGGACAAAGCCAGAGAAGGUCGGACCUGCAUUGUCAUCGCUCAUCGUUUGUCUACCAUCCAAAACUCAGAUAUCAUUGCUGUCAUGUCACAGGGGAAAGUGAUUGAAAAGGGGACCCAUGAAGAACUGAUGGACCAGAAAGGAGCCUACUACAAACUCGUCACCACAGGAGCCCCCAUCAGCUGAGCUGACUCAAGAACGUCGUGCACAGAUGAGGCGCCAAUUACAGGAGGGCCGUGGGUUUUUUUUUUUCUUUAAGGAGAAGUGAUAAUAUUUUACUUUUACAGACAUUGUCAUACACUGGGAUCCAAGCUAAUUUCUAAUGACCUUCAAUAAUAUCUUAGUUUUAAAAAUCUGUAUAUAGAAAAUGAAAGAAACUAGGGUUAGUGUGAGUGAGAAUCCAAUGUCAAGCAGGUGCUCAGCCAUUACCCAGUGGCUUUCUCCAUGCAGAAGCCAGUCCCAGUUACUACAUGGGAAUCAACAAGAAGUCACAGAGUGAAUGAGACUUUGAAUUCCUCAAGGCAGAGGACUAUCCUUCAAAUUUUAGAAACUUCAGUGUACAGAGAGCCUAGUGCACUCACAAUAGGCACUCAGUGCCUGUUUAUCAAGCUGGACCAAGGUCAUAUGUGAAAAGAACAGGAGGACUGACAACCAACUAUUUCUUGACUAAAGUUUUCUUGCAAGUGAAAGCAGAUUCAUUCAUCUCUAAGGAUGGGGACAGGAAAAGGAGGGCUCUCAGGCUGAGAAAGGCAGAAAGGGGCAAGUAUUUGCAGGGACUUACCGGUUAGGAGUGUGGAUUUAUAGAUUCAGGGUGUAGUAGGUGGGUGGUAGAGUCAACAUUUACUGCACUACAAUCUGCCAGUGUGGCUUUUUUUGUAUAACACUAUAUGAAGCUACAAAAAAAUAAAAGGCACUGUCUUCAUUUCA